CGUGCAGGACAAUUGGAUUUGGAUGUAUUAUUAUCUUGAUUUGUCACGAUUCACGAGGUAGAAGAUGAAGUAAAUAACUUAGUAAAGCAGCAGAGAGUGCAUUCUAUGGAAGGAGUUGUCGCUCAAGGUUUUUAAUUUUAGUCUGAUUCCAGUAGGAGAGUCUAGUAUGUCCGAUAUGGAAACUGAAAACACAAAUAUUUCACGUGCUGAAGAGUUCAAGACUCGCGCUAAUGAAGCUUUUAAAGGCCAUAAGUAUUCCCAAGCUAUUGAUCUGUAUACAAAAGCGAUUGACCUAAAUAGUGAGAAUUCUGUAUAUUGGGCAAACCGUGCUUUUGCUCACACCAAACUGGAAGAAUAUGGGAGUGCUAUACAAGAUGCGUCGAAGGCUAUUGAGAUUGAUCCCAAGUAUACAAAGGGUUAUUACAGGCGAGGCGCAGCAUAUCUUGCCUUGGGUAAAUUUAAAGAUGCACUCAGGGAUUUUCAACAGGUAAAUAAAAUAUGUCCAAAUGACCCGGAUACAACCAAGAAGUUAAAGGAAUGUGAAAAGGCUGUAAUGAAGCUUAAAUUUGAAGAAGCCAUUGCUGCACCUGAAUCAGGAAGGCGUUCAGUAGCAGAUUCCAUUGAUUAUCAAACCACAGGGUCUGGCAAAAGCUCAUCAUCUAUUUCUCAAAAUGUGCCUCCACUGGCAGUGGCAGUGGCAGUAGCGGUUAUAUCUGUCCUACUGCUGAUUAUAAGUACGAAUUUGUCCACAGUGGUGUCAGCAGGAGGGGCGAUUUUAUUGAUGGUCAUAGGGAUAUGGUGGGCUGCCUCCACCGGUGUUUUCAACAAGACUCAAACACAUGACGUAGAUGUGGGACCACAAUAUUCCGGGGCAAAAAUAGAAGGGGACACUGUAACUCUAGAUUUUGUGAAACAAAUGAUGGAAGACUUCAAGAAUCAGAAAUCCUUACACAAUAAGUAUGCAUACCAGAUUGUCCAACAAACAAGAGAUCUGUUACAAGCCUUGCCAUCUCUUGUAGAUAUUCAUAUUCCAGAUGGCAAGCACUUCACUGUUUGUGGCGAUGUUCACGGCCAGUUCUAUGAUCUAUUAAACAUUUUUAAGCUAAACGGGCUUCCUUCUGAAGACAAUCCAUAUUUGUUUAAUGGAGAUUUUGUGGAUCGGGGAUCCUUUUCAGUUGAAGUCAUACUCACGUUAUUUGCUUUUAAGUGCAUGUGUCCAUCAGCUAUAUAUCUCUCUCGUGGAAACCAUGAAAGUAAGAGCAUGAAUAAGAUAUAUGGGUUUGAAGGGGAGGUCAGAUCGAAGUUGACUGAGUCAUUUGUGGAACUGUUUGCUAAAGUAUUUUGUUGUCUGCCUCUGGCUCAUGUAAUAAACCAAAAGGUUUUCGUAGUCCAUGGUGGUCUUUUCAGUAUUGACGGUGUGAAGCUUUCUGACCUUAAAGCAAUUGAUCGGUUUUGUGAACCUCCAGAGGAAGGUUUGAUGUGUGAAUUGCUGUGGAGUGAUCCACAAUCGCAUCCUGGUAGAGGACCUAGCAAGCGAGGUGUAGGUCUUUCGUUUGGUGGGGAUGUAACAAAGAGAUUUUUGCAGGAUAACGAUCUAGAUUUGCUGGUGCGAUCUCACGAGGUGAAGGAGGAAGGCUAUGAGAUUGAACAUGAUGGCAAAUUAAUUACUGUAUUUUCAGCUCCUAACUAUUGUGAUCAGAUGGGAAAUAAAGGUGCUUUUAUCCGUUUUGAAGCACCCGAUCUAAAGCCAAACAUUGUAACUUUCUCAGCUGUGCCACAUCCUGAUGUGAAGCCAAUGGCAUAUGCGAACAACUUCCUCCGAAUGUUUUCAUGAUUAUCAUAUUCUCGAGACACGGGUUUCUUCCUCAAAGGACUGCAUGAUUCUUAGAACAUAGGUGGAUCUACUAGCUGUUGUGGUUUAUAAUUAUUCUUUUGGUUUGUGGAUAAAUUAUCUAAUAAGUGAUCUAAAAUCUCAUAGCUAUCUAUACUUGGAUUUCUUUCUUCUUCUUCUUCCUUAAUGUUCAUCACUGUGUAGCCAAAUGAAUCAAUAUCCUGACAUUUGUUAUUGUUUAGGUUGACCAUUGUAUUGAGGAAUAAAUUUCUUGAUUUCU